AAUUUACAUUUGUGUGCUUAAAUGUGCUCGGUUACAUCCCUCUAAAACCCAACUCACUCAAACAGACUUGAAACUGUUGACUCAGUUGAUAGAAAGGUGACAAGCUGGUGCUGAGAAUUCUGGGAUUUGGAGUUCUUAGACGUAGCGGCUCUGCUAAGCUACACAUUGCUGCGCGUUUGCUCGCCAUGUGGAGCCUGUAGAAAAACGUGUGUGGGGGGGAGAAACUAACUUUCAAGGGUCUCAAGCUGCGUGUGUGUGUGCGUGUUGUUGUCAGCCAACAUGUCAUUUUGUUUUAACUUCGACCUUCCAGCACAAACAACAACAAAUCCGGACAGCGUGGACGGAAAUGAAUUGCAAAACAGAAAGAAAGACAAUGCUGCAAAACCUAUUGAGGACAACACAAAACCAGCAGAGCCUUUAAAAGAGGCCAAAGAGCACCUUCCUCAAAAUGACCCACAGUUCCUCCUAAUGGAUGCUGUCACCGAAACGGUUACCAUAGGAACGCUUCCUCCUCUUCAUUUUCUCAACGAGACAGUUUUUGAAAAGACUGCAUCGGAGAGGAAGGAUGAGGAGAACAUUCUCUCGCGCACUUCCGAGCAGAGGUCUGAUCUCAUCUCUGGUGUGUACGAGGGAGGGCUGAAGGUGUGGGAGUGCACCUACGACCUCCUUGAGCUGAUUGAGAAAGACGGAGAGACCUUUGGAGGGAAGACCGUUUUGGAUUUGGGCUGUGGUGCAGGGCUGUUGGGGAUACUGGCUCUUAAGAGAGGAGCCAAGAAAGUCCACUUCCAAGAUUAUAACAGUACAGUUGUUGAACAACUCACAGUGCCAAAUGUAAUACUAAACUGCCAAGAGGAUGAUAAAGUAGACAGUGAAGAUGAGGAAGCGAGCGGCAAGGGAAAAAUACAAGAGAAAUUUGGUAGUAAAAUAAAGGCGAAAGAGGAGGAAGAUGUAGAAGAAGGCAACCCAGCACCUAAGAAGAGAGCUAUAGAUCUAUCUGAGCAGCCAUUACUAGCCAAGUGUCGAUUUUUCUCUGGUGACUGGAGCACAUUUCUUGCUUUGGUUAAAAAAGAGGACCCACAACCCAAAUAUGACAUUAUAUUCACCUCAGAGACCAUCUACAACACUGCGUACUACCCCACACUACAUGAGACUCUUCACAAACUGCUUUCACCGGGUGGACUGGUCUACCUCGCCACCAAAUCCCAUUACUUUGGUGUAGGUGGUGGGCUGCACCUGUUUGAGACAUUUGUGGAGCAGAGGGGUAUUUUCUCUUUGGAUCACCUGUGGGAUGGCGAAGAAGGACUUCAGAGACACGUAGUAGUACUGCGUUUUAAAAUGCCAAAGGACACUUGAAUGAGUAAAGUAGUGCUGGAUGUAAUAUGCAGCUUUAUUUGUGUAAUAAUUGCUCUGUUUAAAAUGAAUCAUGAUUAAUACACACUUUAAAGCAAGUUAAAAUAAAAAAAAUGAAUCUUCCAUAUGAACCUGUAAGUUGUAUGUUAAUUCAACAGUGUUAAAACAAGGAAGAGCUGUAAUAAAAGAUGCUGUUUCAUCUCCUA